AUGAAAGAAUACUUGAAUAGCAAAGGUUAUGAAAAUAUACACCACUUUGCUCAUCAAGAAGUUUCCUCGUUGGAUAUUCUUCAAGCAAUGAUGCAAGCUUUUCUAAUCUCGCCACAAAAUUUAUCUUUAUUGAGAGAAAUGAUGGCAUUUUGUUCCAGGAAUUACCUCGUACAACGCAUUGACGAGUUUAACAACAACAGUGCCGUUUUCAAAAAAGGUUUGUGCGUUUCUGUAUCCGUUUUCACGUAGUCCAUUUGAAUUAAACAUAAGCUAUCUAGUAGUAUACAGAAAAAAUAAUUUAUUUUAGGUUUCCUCCUGUAGUAUGACUGGAUCUGGAUCAGUAAGAGAUGAUCGUUACUGGACCUCCAGGAAGAAUAAUUUAGAACUGAUAGAGCUAUCCAGUAUAAGUAAAGUUAGUUUGUGUUUCCUUCUGUAGUAACACUGGAUCAAUAAGAGGUCACCCUUACUAUAUCUCUAAGGAAAACAGUUACAACUAUCCAGUAUAAAUAAAGUUUGUCUCGUUAUUUAUUAGUUCCAUAUGGAUUGCGCAAUCUUCCUCGUGAUAUGGUGGACCGUCCAUCGGAAGUGGAUGACAUAUUGACCUUACUUAAGGCGGGGAAUAAUAGAGUGGGUGUGGUCGGAGUUCGUAGCGGUGACGUCAUUGGUAUUCGUGGUAUGGGAGGCCUCGGUAAAACCGUCUUAGCCCAAGCCAUUUCUUGGCGUGUCGCAGUGGCCCGUCAGGUUAUCUGGCUUGACAUUGGCCAGUCUCCAGACUGCUUAGCAUUAAUUAACACCCUCGUUAAAGCUCUUGGGGGAGCAGUAUCAUUCAGUGAUAUCCCCAGCGCGCAAGCCUGGGUACGAGAAAAUACGGUAUGUAUGUUUGUAAUUCUCAUUAAUAAAUCAUGAAAAAACAGAAAGGAAAUAAUGAUCGAGAAGGAGCUUUUAUAUCUGAUGCAAAAUCCAGCUGAUUUACACGAACUUUGAGUCCAUUUUCUCACCAAAUAUCAUUCAUGUGUUUAAGAUGAAGAAUACGAAAGUUUCACUGGCUAUAUGCAGCCAGGGAGCUCUAAACAGGGUGUUUUAGAGCGCCCUGAUACAGCAUUCGCGCGCGUGUGUUGUAUAAGAUAGAUAUUAAACACUUCGGCUCAUGUUUGUAUAUAUGGCUGCUAUCUCGCUGCCCAGUUUUGGGGGAACACGAAUGCAGCGGGUGAUAGUCUGCUACUGUAAGUCGGUACUUUGGUUGGGUAACUUCUCUAUGAAGUCUUAGUUGUGGAGCACGUGGACAACCACACUCUGUGUAUAGUCAACCUAAAUGAUAUUCUGCUAACUAACUACCUGUAAUUGUUUUUGUUUGUGGAAACACCACGUAAAUUUAUUACUGCAAAGCUUUCGAUCCUUAAGCCCGGAUCUUCAUCAGUGCUAAUAAUAUGUGACUUGUUUAAUUCACACGCUCUUUUUAUAUACAAGAGUGUCGUGAUCUGUUGGCUCGCGUCAUUUGAAAUUUAAUUAAACGGCACAUCAACCACGUCAUUUCAAACGUAGUGAAGUGAUUCCAAUUAACGCGCGCGCAUCCAAGACAAGAGAAAUUAAAUUUGCACAUUAAAGAGAGCACGCCACGUACUAUCUAGUGGCUUUCCCUCCUGAUCUAUAGUAUUGUGCUUCUCGAUUUCAAUUGACUCUCUCAUUUUGCGAGAGAACUUAUGACUAUCAAUCGCCAAAAUGGUUGCUUCGUCCCAUUUUAUACGAUGGUCGUAAGUCCAAGUAUGUUUAGCCACAGCAGAUUUAUCUUGCUCGGCUUUCUCGCAAUUCGUCUUGUGUUCCUUAAGACGUACUGAGAGAUUUCGACCAGUUUCACCAAUGUAAACCAGACCACAUUCACAAGGAAUGCGGUACACACCAGGUUUCUGAGAUUCAUUUACGUUGUCCUUAUGUGUGCAAAGAGCUCGAAACAAUUUGUUUUCGCUGGAAUGGUAUACCUUUAUACCUGCUUCAUUCCUCAAAAUUCUUUCGAUUUUGUGUGAAGCCGGACCAAUGUAUGGUAGACAAACAGACGACUGAUAUUCAAUCUUCUGCUGUAUACUUUGUGGCGUUUUCAUAGCAUUAUCUAUGAAAUGCCGUGGGUAACCAUUCAUUUUUAGAACAUUUCUUAAAUGUUCUAAUUCAUCGUCAAUGUUACUUACCUCACAAAUUGUUAUCGCUCGGUUGAUGAGUGUCUUGCACACAGAGUUUUUAAUACUAGGAUGAUGAAAUGAAUUAUAAUGCAGAUACCUGUCUGUAUGUGUUGGUUUCCUAUAAACCUUGUGUCCUAGCGACCCAUCAUCAUGUAUAGUGAAAAGAACAUCUAAGAACGGUAUAGUUAUAAAAAGAGCGUGUGUAUAUAAAAAGAGCGUGUGAAUUAAACAAGUCACAUAUUUUAGCACUGAUGAAGAUCCGGGCUUACGGAUCGAAAGCUUUGCAGUAAUAAAUUUACGUGGUGUUUCCACAAACAAAAACAAUUAUAUUUUAUCGCCAUGCAAACAUUCAAAGAACUUAUAACUACCUGUAACUAAAUGUGUUUGUAGGUUAAUAAAGAUUGUCUACUAGUUCUUGAUGAUGUUUGGGAUAUUGAACAUGCCAGCGUUUUUGAUUACUUAUCUGGAGAAUGCCAAUUACUAAUAACAACAAGAGAUUCCAGUGUCGUUCGUGGCUUGAAAGGUUCUGCUGUGUACGAACUCCAAAUUAUGGCACAGAACAAAUCCAGAGCGCUCUUGUAUCAAAGCGCUCAAGUAACGUUAACAGAAAAGUCGAAAUUUAGUUCGAACAUGCAACGAAUUGUUGUAGAAUUGUUAGAACAAUGCCGUGGUCUACCGCUGGCUUUAUCACUCGUGGGCUCAAUUUUAACGGACACUCGUGUCGAGCAAGACUGGCAAGAUAUCUUAGACGACCUUAAGAAUGCUGACUUGGCAGAAUUACGAUCACUGUUUCCCAAUGGCACCUACCCGUACGACAGUCUUUUAGCAGCCAUUAAUGUGAGUUUUCAACGUUUGCAGAAAGGAGAACAAGAAAAAUUCUUAGAUUUUGCAAUAUUUCCUGAAGAUACGGAUAUACCGUCAGAUAUUCUCGAGCUGUUUUGGUCUUCACAAGGUUCUGGGAGAAAUACGUGUAGCGCUCGGGCAGGAAGACGCAUACUUAGCGUACUUGAGAGAAAAUCAAUGAUUCAAAAAGGUAUAGAAAGGGAGAAGGUUCGAGUGCACUGGGCACCCCAGGGUAUUAGAAUGCAUUGGACGCAUUGAUUUGGUAAAGCUACGUUUACACGAUGCGAUUUGUCGUGUGCGAUUCGUAUUCUGGCUUAUUCUCUUCAUUCAUAUUAUGGCGAAAUUUGAAAUGCAACCACUUCACACGUGCUUAUACUUGAUUACAUACGCCAGAAUACGAGCUUAACGUGGCGAAACGUGACUUAAUAGACAGAUUUAGAUCGAGGACGCGGACGUCAAAGACGACGUGAAAAUGUCGUCAAAAUGGUGUGGCAUAUCCUUACAUGGGCACAACACGUCCGCGUCCUUGACGUCCGCGUCCUCGAUCUAAAUCUGUCUAAGGGACUGGUCAUAAAGUAACUGCUAGGGUGGGCUGGAGGUAAAUCACAAAUUUUGCCAAUAAGUUCGGUGACCCAUCUUAGGAUGUAGAUAAAAAUUUCAAAGCCCAUCUUAUCUUACAAAAAAUUUUUCAUGACCCACCCAAUCUUAAAUUGGGAAAAUACACUUUUAUAAUAAAUAAAACUUGCAGGUAUGAACAUUGUAAAAUACACGGCACUGUAUUGACACACAUAAUUCCACCAAGCUUGACGAACGCGUUGAUACUGAGCUGCUCUCCAGUUGGUUGUAUUUGCUGUGAUUCGACCACGUCUUGUUGUUGUAUAAAUAAAGUACUGCUUCAAUAGCAUCAUUUGCAUUUGAUAAUUUGGAUAGUUUUGUUCACUUUUAUUAUUAACAUAUUUAUUUUUUGAAGUAGACAUUCAUGGGUUUUUGUUUAGUGGCCCAACCGUGGGCAUACAAAAAAAUUGGCGGCCCAUCAAAACUGCCCAAAGAUUUUCCAUGGCCCAUCCCAAAUCACUCCAGCCCACCCUAGCAGUUACUUUAUGACCGGUCCCUAAUAUCAGCAGGGCGACUCACAAGGGGAAAAAUUAAUAUUCUGCGGAGAACUAUUUCCACACGCACUGAUUAGGCAAGGGCGUAGCAAACUAUGGCGCCUGGAUACGAGGCUGCAGAAGGUACCUCCAUAAUAUAAGGGGCUAACUACAAAUUCAAAACUUAAUCUAAACCAAGUUUGAACAUUGGCUGCCUGCACAAAAACAAAAUAUACAGGCAUGACCAGAUGAUUCGUCUGUGCGUUUAUACACGGAAGAAUUAUCAAUUUUCCUUUGUCCAUGCAAGUUCGUCUUGACAGAUCAUCCACUUUAUACACAGACAGAUCAUCUGUCUGUAGUGUAAGACCGGCCAUUAUCAUUGAACGAUCCCUAACGACUCUUUUUCAGGACCUGAACUGCAAGGGAAGAACAGCUACCGUGUUCAUGAUCUUCUCUUGGACUUUGCACGAGGAAAGCUUCGCGAUACAAUAAUCGAAGUUCAAUACACGUUUCUUGAAGCGCUUCGUUCUCAAUGUAUGAAUGAAGAAUGGGCGAAAUUUCAAGGCAAUAAAGAGUAUCACUUUAGGUACGCAAUCCUUCAAAUACACUAGAAAUAUAUCAGUUUGGAGUAGGCACAUCGCAUGUUUACUAGAAUAAACUGGUUUAGCAUUAAAUUGAAAUUAAUUUAAAAUCGUAAUCACCUUCCUAGCUUGCAGUCUUUUUUUGUGUUGAUGUUCUAGUAGAGCUGAUCACCUGUCCGUAUUUAUUUAUUUAUGUUUAUAUUAUGUAUUUAUUUGUUUAUUUAUUAUUAAAUUUUGCCACAAUUGUUAAAUCAGGUCAGCUAGGACGCACAUAAUUCUGAUUAUUAUUAUUGUUACUAGGUAUUUACCCUAUCACCUACACUCGUCCGAGCAAUAUGGAGAACUACUUAAACUGUUCUUUGACUUUCAUUGGCUGCAACAGAAAGUAAAAGAGACAAAUUUGCCAUCUUUAAUUUCCGAUUUCCGUUUCUUGGGUACGGCUUCGCACGAAAUUAAACUGCUCAAAUCGUCGUUAAUGUUAUCUGCUGACGUCAUCGAGAAAACGCCCGAUUCUAUGGGUCCGCAACUGUUAGGUAAUAGUGAGCUUAAGCAAGCGACGUUUUUGUCAACCCGGACGUAACCCGAAAAUUGGUGUGUCUAAUUUUGGCGGCAUGUUAUCAUAGCGCUCGUGUAAGGAAGCAGAAAUCUUAUGUUUUGUCAUAUGUGUUGAAGAUUACCACAAACUGAUACAAACACAGUUUUCAAUUUUAUUUUUUUUAAUCCAGUCCCCUCGGCAAUCUGACGUUCGUGUUGACAAAAACGUCGCUUGCUUAAGCUCGCUAUAAUUCAAAUCAUAUACCGUAGUUUGCCGAAUAAAACUUGGGUUAGCUUCUCUUCUCUAAUCUUAAUACUAGCUGCCCUAAAAUGUUCUUCCUAUAGAGUCCAGUAAAUUAAAGGUCAUCUCAGUCUUACUGAUCCAGUGUUACUAGCGAAGGAAACCUAAACUAAAUUAACUUUAGUUGAAUUAGACUGUGUCUGUGGAGGUACAUAACGGUCAAUUCUUUUUCAUGCGGUCAUUACUGCAAAAGGAAUUCUAAACUGAAGGUCAAGCUUGGGUAACUCUAUCACCAAGAAUAUUAAAACAGCAAUAUCUCACCCAUACUAAUACUGAUGUAUUUUUGCAGGUAGAUUGCUAUCUUCUGCCAACGAACACCCAACUGUGAACGCCCUUAUAAAACGCGUUCGUGAAUCGUGUACAAAGACUUGCCAUAUUUUACCACUCUUUUCUUGCCUCUCCGAACCCGUUGGGCCACUGAUCAAGAUAUUUAGAAAGCAUACUGAUAAAGUACUAGCAUUACUUACGUCUGUUAGUUCAACUGGGACCACUGUUAUUUCUGCAUCAACAGACCGUUCAAUCAAGAUUCAUGAACUAGAAACGGGUUUGUAGCUUUAUCUCAUACCUAGCGUAUUAGCGGCCAUCCUAUUGGCUACGAGGAGGUGCGGCCAUCCUAUUGGCUACGAGAAUUCAUCUUUUGUGCUUAAUAACUUUCGAAAUACUAUUUCUAGUUAAACGCUUUUAGGCUUACUUCAAAGCCUGCUCUUUUCUCUUUCAAACAAAGUAUUAUCCUUGUCUCCAAUGCUAGUAAUAAUUGCACAGGAAAAGAUUUAGUAAAACCUAUCAUUUUUAGUUGCUGUUUAAUUAUGCAAGUUUACUAUGUUAUUGUUUAGUCGGUUUAAAUGUUAGAAUUUUCUUCUUUAAACUUUAAUGUUGUGGUCACUACAUCUGGAAAACCACAUAUAAGAACAAAUUAAAAGUAUUUUAAAAGAGACCAGGUUGUUUGAAAAUCCUAAACGAAUGCUAAAAAUCGUCGAAACAUUCUGGUGUCUGAGCCAGAGUGUCAUCGAAUUGCGAUGUAAUGUAAACAGAAAUUAUAGCAAGUUGAUGUCAGUCAGCUUAGAUGGUCCAAGCCAAAAUUAUAUCGCAUUUGAAGUUUCAAACUGAGUUAAAAAUAGUGGAAGAAAAGCCGUAAUUAUACUUAUUGUUACAAACAAACAGUUUUAUCACUUAUAACUCUAAUAAGUUUUUUGAAUAACUUAGAAACUGUUUUUUUACCGCGAAUAUGCUGGUUUUUAACCUAAUCUAAAUUAGCAUUAGUGAGUGUUUUAGUAACAAAUUAUAAGUCUGCGCAUACAGUACAUAUAUGUGAAUGUGUAUUUUUAAGUAUUUAGUCUAAUCUUAUUCGUUUUCUUAAACAAAUACAUGUAAAAUUAGUUUUAAUAUCCUUGUAAACCUAACAUAUUUCAGCAGUGGAAUUAGUUAUAUUCUGGAGCUGUAAGUUUUAGUGUCAAAUAAACUAUCAAACUAUCAAACUAUCAAACUUAUUACAUAUCUCAAAAAGUAUAUGUACAGUCUAUUAAAUAUUCAGGAUUUAAUUUUUGGGCAUCUACACUUGAUACUGCAUAACUAAUAUUUAUAUCCAGUAUGUGUUUGUAAACCAUGUGGACAAUUCAGGUAGCAAAUCAUGAAAUAUGCCCCAUGCCCCUUGUGAAUCUGGAGAAUCAUUCCAAUGACUAGUUCACAAUAUGUUCAUCUCUAGCCUUUGGCAACUAGCUGUUUUUCUUUACUAGCAGAUCAUGUAUACAUGGAUAAAAUAAGAGAAAUCUAUUUACCGUUUUACAGAUUAAUUUAAUUGUUUAUAUAAUCAUACUUGGAAUUCGGAUGAAUAUCUUUAUCUUCACACUGUAUAACAGCAACUUUUUCUCAUUAAUUUACAGUAACUUUCUAAACUCAGAUAUUCUCACAUGGGACAAAUACUUUAGUAUCGUUGUAUUGUUUACAAAUUAAAAUAUUAAAUUGAUUUCAUAAACUUCAAGAAUUCCUUGGGAAUUCUUAAGGAAUUCCUUUAAAAUUCCGUGAUAAUACGUGUGAUUGAUUGUCUAUAGUAAGGAAAUAUUAAAGGAAUUUCAGAGGAAAUUUUAGAAUUUAGAUAGUUGUAAUCAUGUGUGAGCACAUAUUUUGUGAAACUGUUUCAAAAUAAAAUUGCAUUUCAAUUAAUAAAGAAAUGCAAGAAUGUGAAAGAAACCAAAUUAUAUACAGAGAAACUUUAAAGUGGGAAAGAGAUAGGGUGGUGAAAUACGGUUAGUGUUCUAAAAUAUUGAAGCAUAUGGUUAAUAUAUGUUUAUGCAUGGGACCUGCCUCGUACCCAGGCGCUUACAUGAAGUAUUCAGGUAGGCAUCCGACGCGCGAAGGGGCUGUUGGGAAGGGUGCGUGCACUCUUCCCAUCAGCCCCUUCGCCAUCUCUCCCCACGACAAUACUUCAUGUAAACACGUCAUAUGGGCAUCACUGCUUUUUUACAAAGAGACGCCUGGGUACGAGGCAGGCAUGGGACUAGCAUAUUGCACUAUCUCGUGAAAAGGGAAUAUAGCGUUGAAUACAAACUAUAAAAACCCAUUCAUAUUUAAAUUUUACAAGUAGACAAAUUUUAAGCCUUCAGAUAACUAUAAUUCUUUAUAUAGUACCUUGCAAUUGUAGGGCUAACCCAUAAUAUAAAGGCAUGACUGUUGUGUGCUUUAAUUACUCCACAAGAAAUAAGGUGCAAGGGAUAUUGGUAAACAAGUAUUACCAAUCAAUCCUAUUCCCUUUUAAUUAUAAUGUCCACUGUGGUCAAAGCACUCUAUAAUAAUUAUUAUUUACUCUCUAACAGCAGAUGAUCUUACUCAUCAAGGGCAAUUUGUACCUUGAUGAGUAAUACGCAUACAAAAUACUAAACUGUUUCAUUACAUAUUUUAUGUCUGAACCUUUGACAUUGCAACAAAAUAGGUUUGGGUGGGGUAAAAAAUAGUGAUGGGCGAUACCGAGUACUUGGUAUUCGAUACCAGCGAUACCACAAACAGCGGUAUCGGUAUCGAUUACUGACGUGGUAUCGUUCGAUACUUGCACCCUUUUUUAAACGACAUGUUUAAUUUCACUUCUUGGUUGAAUAAGACUUAAUAAACCACUAAAAUAACUCUUAAUAUUCGGCCAAAUGUGGUGUGCCAAGUCAGGUAUAGAAAAUAUUUAUUACGUUUUGGGCUUUUGCAAUUGGUUUACUUAUAGCUUUAGUUGAGGUUACAUACAGUAAUGUAAAAUGUUUUUCCGCUGACCGGCAGGUAUCUAAAGUAGCCGAUACUAGCAAUUUAAGUACUCACUUCCGGUAUCGAAAAUUGAAAUUUUGUGUUUAUUUUGGUAUCAAAAUCGGUAUCGGCCGAUACCGAUCUUAAAAGUAUCGGUAUCGGUAUCGAAUUAAAAAUCCUGGUAUCGCCCAUCACUAGUAAAAAAAUUUUCUGGCAUUCCACCGGUGGGGUAGCUAGAAAUUUUGUUUCGAAAAAGGUGGGGUAAUGAUUUUUUCCGGCUUCAUUAUACUUUCUCUUCGGCCCCCACCCCUGCCAUAAAUAAUGACCGGUCCCUAAAAAUGUAAAAUGCGUAAAUUCUCCAGUACUUUUUACCGAAAUGACAUGUGAUAGAAAACAAACGGGAAACGUCCAGCCACCUUCGGUGCGUCCAAUCCUGGACUCACCUCCCUGCAAGUAUGUUUGUUAUAGUAUGACACUAGCACCUUAAUACCCCGCGUGGUAUUAUAAUUCGCACAACGGCAUUGGUACACGCGAAGUGAAACUGAUAAGCGAAAAAUAAUCUCCGCCCAAACGACGUUUGCUGCUGUAACAUACGCGACAAAUUGUCUAUAUAUGUCGGUAAACAUUUACCAUCGUCAGUGACAAAAAAGAGUGGGAUGAAUUUCUUGAAAACGUCAGGAAUCCAAUGUCAUUUUAACAAAAAACCUAGUGGUAAGCGACAGACGAAAUUAAAACUGCGCAAAAAUAUCGCAUUUAUGAUGAAAUUAAGUGGCGCGAAUUUAAAACUGAGCGCCAAAUUAGUACCGCGCGAAUUUGAAUACAAUAAGGUAAUUAUUUUGUGAGGACCACGUGCAGGUUUAUCAGCUAAUUUGCUGUCUGCUGUUGAGGUAUUUAUUUAAAUAAAGUUUUAUCUUUUUGAACAGGUAAAGAACUGCAAGUCCUCGAAGGCCAUACUAUGGCAGUGUAUUGUUUGGCUUUGUCACAUAGCGGCACAAUCCUGGCAUCAGGGUCUUAUGACUCUACCACAAGGCUCUGGAACUUGGAUAGCUAUGAAGAGCUCUUUGUGUUGCAAGGAGAAGGUGGUUUUGUAAAUGCGCUGGAUUUCAGUGCAGAUGACCAGCAUCUUUAUACCGGGUCGAAUGAUGGUCAGUAACAAUAUAUAAUCGUGAUUUUCGCCAAUUAAUAAACAUUCACAGAAAUAAAUAAAUUUAACGUAGUGCAAGUCCGAAAGGAAUUCAAAGUAUGUAUGUUGAAUUCCUUUUUAUCACCAUACAUUGUUGUCUAUUGGUGAAACUACUGUAAGAGUUAAUAUAAAUUAUGACAAAAAAGAUUUAAGAUAAUAUUGGCUGUUCCCUAAAAAAUCUGAAUGAUUUCUUAUUGUUUUUAUUGAAGGGAAACUGAGAAUCUGGAAUGUGGAAACGGGUGAACCGUUGGAUGCCAUUCCUGCACAUGAUGGACAUAUCCGUGGUCUGUGUAUGACUUUGGAUGGACGGUACAUUGCUACUGCGUCUCUGGACCACACUAUCAAGUUAUGGCGUGCUGAUACAUUAAAUAUUCAAGCCACUCUGAUUGGCCAUACUGAUACUGUGUACAGUGUAGUGGCAACACGUAUGUAAAUGCAAAUUAUUUGUUGAGGAACGUCUAUAAUUUAACUCAACGUUAUCGCAAUGGAAUUUACUUUAAAUUCUGGUUCGUCUUAAAAGUUAUGUAUCAUACACAGGAAGUCGUUUAUUAUAGUCAUUUUAAAAAACAUCAAACUAUGUAAAAUAAUUCUGUAAUACUUAUUUCAAAUCGCUAUAUUAACCUCUUCGUGUAUAUGAUAUAUCACUUAUAGUCAUUCUCUUUUAGGUUUAGGAAGCGGUAGUCCAAUGCUAGUCUCCGCAUCGGGUGACAAGACGUUAAAAAUUUGGAAUUUAACAACGUACCAAGAAGUUCGUACCCUUAGCGGACAUCAAGGCGAGAUCUACAGUGUUGCUGUGAGCCCGGAUUGCAAGCAUAUUAUAUCUGGGGGCAAGGACAUGAUUGUUAGACUGUGGUGCUUCCAAACUGGAAAAUUGCUUGUCUGUUUUAAAGGUCACAGUCAGUCUAUCAGGUGUGUUAUUUUGUAAUGCUUGACAACAGCCGCACAAAAAAGGUGGACUUGACAGAUUAGUCUUUUGGUUCUGUUCCGAUUCGUCCAUUCGAUCGACAAGAAUAGAUCGAGAUUCGUGAAUCAGCCUCAGUGUAUACUAUAAGCAGUUGACGGUAGGGGUGCACCGGAACCAGUUUUUUAAGUUCCGUCCGGAACCGGAUCCGGCCGGAACCGGAACUAAUUUAUUAAGCCAUAUAUAGUCAUAUGUUACUUUGUCCACUGCCAGACAGGCAGACACUUCAAGUCAUAAAGGAGAGAACUCGCAAAUGUUAGAAUAAAAAGAUUGACAAGCGUUAAACGUCAUAAUGAAGUGUUAGUAGUGUACAUUUCCCUUGCGUAGUCCAAAUUUCUUCCUACUGUGACCUUUUGUUAGACACAAAAACGUUUGAUAUUCUAUCUCUCUGAAAACAACAGAGUUCCGGUUCCGGCCAUGCUUUUUUUACUAGUUCCGGCCGGAACCGGAACUCUAAAAAAUCGGGGUUCCGGCCGGAACUAACCGGCCGGAACCGAGUUCCGGUGCACCCCUAGUUGACGGACGCGUAAAAUAUUUGUCCAGUGGUUCGAUUCUUCUAACCGUUGUCAACAAUUAAUUCUCUUAUAACAUUACAGAUCUGUGGCGAUAAUGUCCGAUGGUUCUAAAGCAUUGUCGGGCUCGCAAGAUGAGAGUUUUCGAGUGUGGGAUCUGGACACUAGUGUGUACUCGAAACAAAAUGGGUCACGUGGUCAUUUGGAAGACGUUAUCGACAUUGCAAUGACACGUGAUGGCUCGAGAUGUGUGUCUUCCUCCAUGGAUGGAACUUUGAAAAUUUGGAAAUGUGCGAGCGCGGAGGAGUGCUUCACUUUGCGAGGUAUUUUGCCCGAUAACCAGUUUACCCGAUAACCAAGUUAUCAGUCAGUAAUCAGUAAGGUGCUCUGUAGUAAGGGUAAUGCAGCGCAUGGAGUACUGUACCUAGUGUCCCAAAGGCAGUGAACUCUAUAUAUAUAUAUCUGGAAUGAUAACAGCGAGCGAAAAGUGAAGCCGACAGAAAAAUCACGACAUAAGUAUUCGUCAUUGUCUUCGUCAUCAACUGUUCAAGAACUUUCUUACAGUAUUAAAAAUCACUUACAUAUAUAAAAAUUUGUAAUUGUUUUGAAAGUUUUUAUCCAAGUUUUAUAUCUUUAUUCACUUUUAACUUGAAGAUGGAGUUACUAUACUCCGAAACGUAGGUAUUAAAAUAAUUUUUUACCAAGACCAUAUGGUCUAAUUUAUAUUCAAACCCACGUACAUAUUCAUUUACAUUUUGCUGGCAGGCAAAUUCCCAUCACACAAUAAAUUCUUUAAAAAAUAACGUACCAGUGUAUUGACUAAAAGCUAUAAAAUUAAAAAACAAUUCAAACAAUCGCGAAAAAUGGCAACGGCAAAGUCACAGUUGCAAGUCAAUUUACCUACCUGUGAAAUGAAAUUUUCUCGCAAGAAUAUCUCUUUCCUUGUGCAUCCAGAACGACAGUACGACACAAUAUAUUUGAAAAAGUGAUUCUUUUCUUCACACGGGAAAGUUUUCCUCGACUUUUUUUCCGACAGCGAACUCAAUGCAGUAAAUUUUAGGAGCAAAACAGUUUGCUCCUAAAAUGUAUUGCAUUGAGUUGGCCAUGUUUUUAAUUUUUUUUCGUGAUUGCGUUCAAAUUUAUACUGGCCGUGCAACGGUUUGUAAGAGGGGGAAUGAAACUGACGUCCAAUCCGCGUAAACCUGACGUUUGAGGGACUGAGACUGACGUCCAAUCCGCGUGAAAGACUGGUAUCGAGGCUUCAUUGUUUUCACAAUCAAAUGACUGAAUGUUAUCGUUCCAGAUAUAUAUAUAUAUAUAUAUAGAGUUCACUGCCCAAAGGUCGCGGGUUCGAUUCCCAGAGUAACAUCACAGACAGAACUCAGAGUAACAUCACAAACAUUGAUAGUAAUAGUUCAUUUGAGUACCGAUUAUAAGUCUCUUAAGAGUGUCUUCUUUAAAAUUUAUCCAGGUCACACGAAAAGAGCAAUAAGCGUUUCUAUCUCAACUGAUGGUCGUCACGUUGUGUCGUUAGCGAAAGAUUCUUUGAUCAAG